AUGAGCAGUAUCUAUAUUAGUGAGCCCGCCACCAGCGGCAAGGUAUGCUUGAAAACAACCGUUGGUGACAUUGAUAUUGAGCUUUGGGCGAAAGAAUGUCCAUUGGCCUGUCGAAAUUUUGUGCAAUUAUGCAUGGAAGACUAUUACAAUGGGACUAUCUUUCAUCGCUUAGUUAAAGGUUUCAUAGUACAAGGUGGAGAUCCGAGUGGUACUGGGGAAGGUGGAGAGAGUAUUUAUGGUCACCCUUUCAAAGACGAAUUUCACCAACGUUUAAAGUUCUGUCGUAGAGGCCUUUUAGGCAUGGCUAACUCAGGGAAAGAUUCAAAUGGGUCGCAGUUUUUUUUCACGCUUGAUGCAGCUCCAGAUUUAGAUAAGACGCACACUUUGUUUGGCAAGGUAGUUGGGACGACUCUUUUUAACAUGCUUCGUUUGGGUGAAGGAGAGACAGACGAAAAUGAAAAACCACUAAUUGUUCACAAAGUAACGGGCUGUGUGAUUUUAAACAAUCCAUUUUCUGACAUUUUACCCCGCCAGAAACCAGCUACAAAGAAGAACAAGGAUAAAAAAAAAGAAAAGAAGCAAGAGCUUAAGAGAGAGGGACGCAUGAAUAGAAUCAGAGAGAAAUUGAACAGGAAGCGGAAAGCGGAAGGAGAUAUGGGAAAUGAUGAGGAUGAUGAUGUAGAAAAGAUUAUUGAUGAGGAGAAGAAAGAGAAACAAAAACAAGACGCAAGACACAGAUUUGAAGUACCAGCAAAAGAUGCAAAUUUGAGGGAAGAAAGUGAGGAGUGGUAUGAGCCGACGGAUCCUAGAAAUAAAGCAAAUCGAAGAAGAAGAGGCGAGAAGUGCUGA